UUGUAAAAUGUUUUUGUUGUGUUUUCUUCUUUCAUAAUUUUUGUAUUAAUCUCUAAGUUGUGUUUGUAAUAAGCCGUGAAUUACAUUAAAUAGAUUAUCAUACAAAAUAACAAACAGCAGCUUAAAAGGAAUCAUAACUUUGUUAAAAGUAGGCCAAAGAAAUCUUUGGCAAGCACUUUAAGAGUUCCACAAGCAUUUAACAACAAUAUGCCUGUUAAAAAGUGCAUUGUGACCGGUUGCUCUUCAACGUUGAGUACCACCAGGUUAUACAACUUCCCAAGGUCACAUAGUGUGUUGAAAACAUGGCUACAAUAUCUUAUCCCAGUAGAACCGCACCUAAAAUCACGGACACCAAGGCAACUCAGACAGUCAAAGGUCUGUGUGCGUCAUUUUGAGGCCCAAUACAUAAAUAAAGAUAAUAGAAGAGCUAUGGACUGUGCUCCGACAUUAUUUACCGAAGAAGAAAUGAGAACUGGAAUACCAACAACCCCUUUGCCUAGUAAAUUGCCUAAAAUACUGUAUAGUGAACAUAACUACUCAGUUGGUCCUGACGUAAAUUUUUAUGCUGAACAUAAUUACUGUAAACCAGAUGAUCAAGAACAAUUAAAAGAAUUCGUAAACUUAAUGGAUGAUAUAGCAAAUUAUGAAGAAACCAAUUUUGAUGAUCCUGAUGACCCAAUAGACGAGAAAAGGAACAAAAGUAAAACAUUAAACGAAAUUCAACAAUACAUUGAUGAAUUUGCUAAACAAAUUCAACAAGGAGAUGAGGACCCACCCCUAGAAGAUGUAGUUUUAACAAAUGAAUCUUUCAAAGAUACUCUUGAAUCAUAUAAUUUCUCUUCAAAUAUCAUCUAUACAAAUAAAGAACUGAAGCGAGUUGAUGCUUUAGAAUAUCUAAUGUACCCUGAAAGAGCAUAUGCUGCGAUAACAUUCUGCAUUCUAAAACAACAGGCUUUGCUUGAGGAAUGUAUUCAUAAUUUCGUUGAAUGGGCAAAUAAAACAUAUUAUGAUAUCGAAGGUAUACCAGAAAAGAUUGAAGAAAUAUUUUCCCAUGGAAAUUUUAUGAAAACCACUUUUAAAAUAUUGCAAAUAGUGUGCAAAUAUCGAGCCAAAAACACUGAAAUGCGCAAAGAAUAUUUUGCUAAGAAAACAAUAGAUCCAAAGUUUAAAGAAACCUUAAACAACAUACCGUAUACCUCAAAUCUUCUAUUUAAAGAUGAUGAUCUUAAAAAUGUACUGCAAGAUACGACCCUGGGCCAAGUUUUUAAAACGAAAAAAAGACAGAAAAAAAAUGAUAGAGGUAUACAGGUUAAUAUUUUACCUAAAAAAUCAGAUAAGGCUGCACAAGUUACACAAAAAAAAAUAAGAAAAGCUUCGAAAGCAGUUCAGGCUAACACUAACGAAUUAGAAGGUAUUUCUACAGCAAAUAAAGUUAAAAAGAAAGAUACAGGCUCGCAAACUUCAGAUAAAGACAAACUGUUAGGUGAAACUAUAUUUUACAGCAACAAUCCGCCUACACAGGACGACGUUGAAACGAACAAUCCUCCGCCUAUAAGUCAUUGUCAAAAGAUACAGUAUGUUGUCAAUAUUAAGAGGAAGCCUGGCGUUAUUAAAAAGCUACAUAAAACCACCGAUAGCCAUAAUAAAGUCAGUGUUCCAUUAGAUCAUAGUAACGCUCCAUCUCAAAAUGGUUCAACUGGACACAACAGAGAGAGCAGAGGGUCGCUUUAUACGGAUCCGCACCACGAGCCAAGACCAAAGAAAAGACAAAAAACUACCAAAGGUGCCCAGGGCCCUAGCAUGCCUUUGCUUUGGGACGCGUGCCAGAACCUUCUCUCACUGGGAGGAGAUUCUAAUAUACAGGAGAAUGAUGAAAGAGUUCAUUCUACCCUCGAGAGGGAAAUUGUACCUCAGAAUCGAACUGAGUCUCGUCCAAGCCAUGGAAAAAAGCGACGUCCUAAAAUACUAGAGCCAUGCAAUGAGCCCACUUCACCGAUGUCAUUAAGUGGGACAGUUAUGAGAGGAACGAUUUCAGAUUUUCAUAUCAUGCCUGGGAAAUCGACUAAGGAAUUGCACGUGUGUGACAGCCCGUAUUUAUUAGGAGGAUGUAAGCACACGCACGAACAAUCUGAAAAUGUUUCUAGUAUAGAUAACGCUAAUCGAGAAUUUUUCUCGCGAGGGGGCAAACUGAGACGGCAAAUGGAGCUUCCUGAAGAAAGAUCUGGUUAUCCAUAUGCCCCGAAAACUAAUGAAGUCGCGAGUGGUCCAGGUUUUGGUGGGCCAUCUGAGGUGGUGCAUCAGCAUACACAGAACACAGUUGCGAAUAAUCCUGACGGUUCACCUAUCACCUUGCUAAACUACGACAAUUUACCAAUACGAUGGGUAUAGGCAGAAUAAUUGGAAAUCGAGCACAGUGCAUGGGUCGCAGAGCUAGCAUUGGGGGAAAAAUCAGAUUCAGCAAUAAACUGAGCUAAAUAUAACAUCUACUGUGAGAAUGAUAAUCAUCUGAACAUUUACUUGCCUUAGAGGCAUAUUCAGAUAACGAGAGAAAAGGGGCCAACUUUUUUACCUACUUUACAAAAUACUAUUUAAAUUAAAAAUAAUUAUAGUUUUAAGAGAAAAAGUACCCGAUGCGGGGCACCAGGUUUUACUAAAAUUAUGAAACCUAUCAUUGCUGAUACAAGCGAUAUGAUUCAAUGAAUGCUCCAGCUACCAGCAAGUGAGCGAUUCUAUCGAUCUUCUCAAUUUGUUUCUAUUGAUUAAUUAAUUGGUUUAAAACCAUGAUU